UUGAUGCCAGACUGACUUUUAGUUCCUGCCUCUGUCACAUGUCAUCAGGUUAUACCCCUGUCACAUGGCCAGGGUCAGUAUCCCUUGACAUCAGGGGCUAUUGUUGCAGUGGAGAGCCAGAAUAUUGUCUCAGACUUUGUAUAUGAUCAGUUCUCUUCUCUCUAAGGUCCAGAUAUGUUCUGUGAUUUUAAUGGCAAGAAGUACGGUCCAGGAGAGAGCUGGCAUCCCUACUUGGAACCUCAGGGGCUGACGUACUGCAUCCGAUGCACCUGUUUGGAGAAUGUGAAUGUGAGCUGUUACCAAAUCCAGUGCCCAGCCCUGCAUUGCGUAAAGCCUGUCACUGACCCGCAGCAGUGCUGCCCUCGCUGUGCAGAGCCGCACACGCCGUCUGGGCUCCGGGCGCCUGUGAAGUCUUGCCAGUACAACGGGACAACCUACCAACCAGGGGAGAUGUUUACCACGAGCGAACUCUUCCCUUCUCGGCAGCCAAAUCAGUGUGCACAGUGCAGCUGCUCCGAAGGCCAGAUUUACUGCGGCUUGGUGACCUGCCCUGAUCUGUUGUGCUCCUCUCCUCUAACUGUGCCAGACUCCUGCUGCCAAGUUUGCCAAGACGGUUCCUAUGAGAAGUCAAUGGAAGAGGAGCCCCUGCAGUUAAACAGAGGUGUUAGACACUCUCAAGACCAGUGCUUGGGGGAUCUGGUGAGCAAGAGGUUGCUUGGCGGGACUGCUUCCACUGUGAUCAGUUCCUCGCUGGAGUUCAUUCCCAGGGGCUUCAAGCCAAAAGGAGGCGGAGGUGGCACUACCGUCAAAUUCAUCUUGAAAGAAAAGCACAAGAAAGCUUGCGUUUACAAUGGGAAGACCUACUCCCAUGGAGAAGUGUGGCAUCCCGUCUUCCGACUGUAUGGAGUCCUACCAUGCAUCCUGUGUACCUGCACGGAUGGGAUCCAGGACUGCCAGAAGGUUACGUGUCCCAAGGAAUAUCCUUGUGAAUAUCCUGAGAAAGUAGAAGGGAAAUGUUGUAAAAUAUGUCCAGAUGCCAAAGUCAAGCCCACCGAUGAAAUAAAUACCCCCCGAUGUGCCAAGAAUCUGAACAGGGUAUUGGUCUACAUGUUUGUGCCACCCGGCUCUGAGAGCCCAAAGGAAGACCUGAGGAAAAUUGCAAUCGAGAAAGACUCUUCUGAAGAGGUGGAAAUUUACAGCUGGAAACCGGUAAAAGGAAUAUUUCAUUUGAUACAGAUCAAGAAGAUCAGGAAACAGGAGUUCAACUCAGAAGCACAGAACUUUAGGCUGAUCACCAGAACAAAUGAAGGUCACUGGAACAACUUCAGAGCCCAAACCUCAGGGCUUAAAAUGACAGAGAGUCCAGAAAAAGAAACAAAGAACUUGUAAAAAACACCCAAAACAAAUAUAUAGAGAUAUGAAAAAGUUGCAUUAUUAAAUAAACU